CUCGCUCCACCAAAUCCUGCUGCAUGAUUGUUUGCGUUCACGACGAACGGUCGUGGUCCGAGCUUCAUCACCUUCCUCUCCUUUCCUCCAUCGUACGAUUCUAACUUUCUGGUGCUGGAUGAAAAUCAUGUCUACUUCGGCAGCAACCCCACAAGGACUUCCUUUAGACGACCGCUCGAAUGCCCUCAAGAUACCCAUCGUUACUCUGAUUGUAUUCAGCUCAAUCUUCGUCGCUCUCCGUUUGAGUAUCAGUAUCAAGAACAGGAACUACUUCCUGUUAACGGAUCAUCUAUUAUGGACAGGUCACGUCCUAGCAAUCAUCGGAGCUUCAUUUUGUUACAAAACUGCCGAAUAUGGCGCUGGUAAACAUGUUUGGGACCCGAUUAUGACACCAGCCAAUCUGGAGAAGUAUCUCAGAUACCUAUGGUUUGGCCAGUUGUUCAAUCUCUACGGCAUGGCCUUGGUCAAACUCAGCAUUUGCGCCUACAUCUUAAUGAUGGACUUUUCCAAAAGUUUUCGAAUCGUCGUCUGGCUAUCUAUCGUUCUCCACUUGGGCAUAAACUUUGUCUUUCCCUCUGUCAUUUUGUUGGGCGAGUGUAGCCCCAUAUCGAAGCACUGGGACGUUGCGGGCAAACAGCCAGGUUCUUGUUGGUCCGCUGAACCCAGAGUCAUAUCAGGAUAUUCCGGGGCUGCGACAAACAUUCUCACGGACCUUAUCUACACCAUUGCCCCGCUCUUGUAUAUUUCAAGGGUUCAGCUACCCAGACGCACAAUUUGGGGUGUUCGCGCUGUCUUCUUACUUGGGCUCGUAACGACAACUAUAUCUGCAUGCAAGUUGUACGAGAUGAAGGCCUUGAGAAACUCACCAGACUCCACAUACACAUCAGUCAAUCUCAGCAUUUUCGCCAUAGCCGAGGUGUUUGUGGGUGUCUUCACAGCAUCUCUUCCACCGCUACGGAAAACAUUUGAGAAAAACCUGCGCAAGGUGCUACCCGACACAGUGUUUGGAGUUACGCGAGGAAGUCGAAACAGCUAUGCGAUAAAGAACGUCGCGAGUCAGCAGAGCAGUAAGUCAUCAAAGCCGGAUCGUGACUCCGACAACGAUAGUGAAAACACGAUGCUUUCGGAUGAUCACGUAGUUAUGAGCAAGGGGUCGGACAACACGAUCAUGUGUACUACACAAGUGAGCAUGGUCGUUCAUGAACAGCGGCCAGCCCGACCUCGAACGGUCGAGUGGGUUUGAGUGCUGUUUACAUGCACGGUGUCGAAUGUUGAAUGCCGCAAAUUCAGUAGCAACAUCAU